AUGAGGUUGUCUAUCCUCCGCAGAGCCUAUGGCAGUCUGCGGGUCCAUCCAGGAAGCAGGGGCAGCGGGGUGGCGCACAGAUGCUACCCGGCUGGAGCCACCGGCUGCCGGCUGAUCCUCCGGCCGGCCAGCGGCUCCUCCAGCGGGGGAACAAGCCCGAGAGGAGCCGUCCACCUCGGGGAGAAGCUCCGGAGGGAUGACGGGCUCGACAGCGACAGUUCUUUGAAGAACGUGGUUCAGAGCACAAAGGAGGCAAUGGUGGCUCUGCAGAGAGAGAAUCCCUCAAUCCAGCCUCUGUUAGCCAUUAUACAGGCAGGUGAAGAUGACAGCUUGUUGGAGAUCAAUAAGAAAAUGGCCGGAAAGAUCGGUUUGAACAUCACUCAGCUCUGCCUGGCAGAACAGUGCAGUGAGGAUGAAAUUAUAGAGGAGGUGUUGAAGCUCAACGAGGACCCCAGGGUGCACGGGGUCUAUCUCCACCUUCCCGCGGCUUCACUCACCAGUCGAGUGCUCGACGCUCUCAAACCUGAAAAGGACAUAGACGGCAUAACAGAUUUGAAUAUGGGACGUUUGGUACGUGGAGACUUGAGCAAAGGCUUUGUGUCGCCUAUGGCCAGAGCUGUCCUGGAUUUGCUGGAGAAACAUGAUGAUAUAUUGGAGGGGAAAACGGUGUUGCUGGUCGGAGGUGAAGGACCCUUCGCGUCGGCCCUGCAGUGCCUGAUGGAGAAAAGUGGAAUGGCUGCUGUCAAGAUCAACUGGAGCUCCACAGUUCUGAAGCAACAGGUGUGUUUUGUUUGUGUGAUGCAGGCGGAUGCUGUGGUCCUGUUGGGCUCAGGGCAGAUGGACGUCCCAUCCACCUGGUUUAGACCCGAGGCUGCUGUCAUUCGCUGUGAGCCAGAUGAACAUGCCGCAGAGACCCCCUCUAAAUCUGAGUUAUGGAGCCUCACAGCAGCUUACAGGACACAGAACGUGGUACGUAGUUGCAGCCGGUGGAUCCAGGAGCAGCAGUACCGACCCUGGCGUCUGCGAAACCUCAAACUGCAGCCACUGACACCAGUGCCAAGUGAUAUAGAGAUUUCCAGAGCUCAGAUGCCCAAACCAGUGGACCAGCUGGCUCAGGAGGUCGGCCUGCUGCCUGAGGAGCUUGAAGCCUAUGGCAGGAACAAAGCUAAGGUUCAACUCUCCCUGUUAGACCGACUUCAUGCUGAGCCUGAUGGGAAAUAUGUACUGGUUGCUGGUAUAACUCCCACCCCACUUGGCGAAGGUAAAAGCACGGUGACCAUCGGCCUCGUCCAGGCUCUCACCGCCCAUCUGAAGCUCAACUCCUUCGCCUGUCUCCGGCAGCCGUCCCAGGGACCCACGUUUGGGGUUAAAGGGGGAGCUGCAGGAGGGGGAUAUGCCCAGGUCAUUCCUAUGGAGGAGUUCAACCUCCAUCUGACUGGUGACAUUCACGCCAUCACGGCUGCCAACAACCUGGUGGCAGCAGCCAUCGAUGCCAGGAUGCUCCACGAGGCGACGCAAUCAGACAAGGCUCUGUUCCAUCGACUGGUCCCAUCAGUGAAUGGAGUCAGACGAUUUUCACCCAUUCAGAUCUCCAGGCUUCGUCGUCUUGGCAUCAACUCAACAGACCCAGCGUCUCUCACUCCACAGGAAGUUAGCACCUUCGUCCGUCUGGACCUGGACCCUUCCAAGAUCACCUGGCAGAGAGUUCUUGAUACAAACGACCGCUUCUUGAGGAAGAUCACAAUUGGACAGGCGAGCACGGAAAAAGGACACAUCAGAGAGACUGGGUUCGACAUCGCGGUGGCCAGCGAGAUCAUGGCCAUCCUGGCUCUGGCCGACAGCCUGGAGGACAUGAGAAACAGACUGGCACGCAUGGUGGUGGGGACCAGUCGCUCCGGGCAGCCCGUCACCACAGAGGACCUGGGUGUGAGCGGAGCACUGGCGGUGUUAAUGAAAGAUGCCAUUAAGCCCACCCUGAUGCAGACCCUUGAGGGUACUCCAGUGUUUGUCCACGCCGGGCCUUUUGCCAACAUCGCCCAUGGCAACUCCUCGGUGUUGGCAGACAAGCUGGCUUUGAAGCUCGUCGGACAGGACGGCUUUGUGGUGACUGAAGCUGGUUUUGGAGCAGACAUCGGGAUGGAGAAAUUCUUCAACAUCAAAUGUCGCGCGUCGGGCUUGAGGCCUAAUGUGGUGGUGCUGGUUGCAACCGUCCGAGCGCUCAAGAUGCACGGAGGCGGUCCUAAUGUGUCAGCGGGUGCACCUCUACCUAAAGAGUACAUUGAUGAGAAUCUGGGUCUGGUUGCAGGCGGUUGCCAUAGCAAUCUCAGAAAGCAGAUCCAGAUCGCAGGUCUGUUUGGGAUACCGGUCGUGGUGGGGCUCAACGUCUUCAAGACAGACACCCAGGCAGAGAUUGACCUCGUGUGUCAGAUUGCGAAAGAGUGCGGCGCGUCUGAUGCCGUGCCAUGUCACCACUGGGCGCAGGGCGGGCGAGGGUCUUUGGAGCUGGCCCAUGCUGUGAACGAAGCUGCCAGCAGACCCAGCAACUUCCAGUUCCUGUACGACAGAGAGAUGCCGAUAGCAGAGAAGAUCAGAACAAUCGCCCAGAGAGUGUACGGAGCGGACGAUAUCGAGCUGUCUCCAGAAGCUGAAGCCAAGAUCGAUUACUACAAUCAACAGGGCUACGGUGCGUUGCCCAUCUGCAUGGCCAAGACCCAUCUGUCCCUGUCCCACAUGCCCGACAAAAAGGGCGCGCCCACUGGAUUUGUUCUGCCAAUCCGAGAAGUUCGUGCCAGCGUCGGGGCCGGCUUCAUCUACCCACUGGUGGGAACGAUGAGCACGAUGCCCGGCCUGCCGACCCGACCCUGUUUCUACGACAUCGACCUUGACCCGGUCACAGAGGAGAUCACCGGGCUCUUCUGAGAAUGCUCCGCUUAAGGAUAACCAUAUAGGUAUUAACGUAAAAAAAUUCAUACAAAAUAUUCUACCAUUCCGGUCAUCUCACAGCGCUGACGUUAUAGAUGUUUAAUGUUUAUAUUACCUGUUACAUGAGGCUUUAUUUUCCCCCUGGAGUUUCCUGCGGUUUACUACCUUCGCCCGGUGCCAGGCCUCCAGUCUGAGCGGCUGCACACGGUUCAUCAGCUUGUUUGUGGCUCAGGCUCUCUGCGGUUUUUAAGAUCUUCAGCUCCAUGUGUGCGUCGUAAAAUUCAUCCACCCAGUGCACGUCUGACAGGUUUUCAUUACGCUUCCUUCACGGUAACAUGUUCUAAAGAAAACGCACAAAAAAUACAAACGCAGAUUACAAACUCAUGCUGUGUUUGCACAUUUGUGCGAUCAAGCCAAAUAUUUUCUCUGUAUGGAAAAGUUACUGAAGUCUUCAAACCAUUUUAAGUGCAUCUUAAGCUUUUGUGUAUUUAUUAACUAAGUUGCUGAUGUACGCACAAAAAGCCUUUUUUA